AUGCGCCUCCGCGCCGCCGCCGCCGCCCUCUGCCUCUGCCUGCUGGGCGCCUGCCGCCUCCGCCGCGGGCUGGAGGCCGCCGCCGUGCGCGGCCCGUCGGCGGCCGCUCCCCAGCGACCCUCGGCAGCCGCGCCUUCCUCCUCCUCCGCCUCCUCCUCCUCCUCCUCCGCCGCCGCCUCCCCCUUCUCCUCCCCGCCGCGGAGGGACGGGGCUCUCCGCAACGGCACCGUGGUGCCGCACCACUACAUGGUGACCCUCUACCAGCGCCUGGCCGCCCGCCGCGCACCCGGCCGCCGCGCCGACACGGUGACGGGCUUCGCGGAGCGGGCGCGCAGCGAUGCUUCCCCAUCUGCCCCCGAGCAGCGAUACCUCUUCGACAUCUCCAGCCUGCCCGAGGCAGAGGAGGUGACAGGCGUGGAGCUGCGGGUCCUGCGCGCCCUUCCCGAAAACCGGAGCUUGGCCCUGUCCCCCGAAGGCACCUUCCACCACCUCCUCCUCUCCACCUGCCCAAGCCGGGACGGCGAGGAGCCCCGGCUGCUGGACUCCAGGGCUGCAGACGUUUUGGACGCGGGCUCCUCCAGAUGGGAGGUGUUUGAUGUCUGGGAAGCCCUGCGGGAUCGGAGGGAAAGAUUUCCCUCGGGCAAGCUGCUGUGCUUCCUGCUGAGGAUCAUCUCGGAUCAGUCAGGGAGGCUCCUGCCCCGACAGCUGGGGUUCAGCAAGCCCCGGCCGCAGCCCCAUGAGCGGGCCCUGCUCGUGGCCUUCUCCCGCACCCAGAGGAAGGAGAACCUCUUCAAGGAGAUCCGGGAUAAGAUCAAGGCCCUGGGCAGCCCCCCCUUCCUGGAGCCCCCUGAUCCCGGCCAGGAGGCGUACCCCAAGCGGAGGAAGAGACGGACCACCAUCGCCGCCCGGUCUGGGGGCAGAGGCCACGGGAAGAAGGCGAAGACCCGCUGCAGCAGGAAGCCCCUGCACGUGAACUUCAAGGAGCUGGGCUGGGACGACUGGAUAAUCGCCCCCCUGGAUUACGAGGCGUAUCACUGCGAGGGGGUCUGCGACUUCCCCCUGCGCUCCCACCUGGAGCCCACCAACCACGCCAUCAUCCAGACCCUGAUGAACUCCAUGGACCCGGAGUCCACCCCCCCCAGCUGCUGCGUGCCCUCCAAGCUCAGCCCCAUCAGCAUCCUCUACAUAGACUCUGGGAACAAUGUGGUUUACAAACAGUAUGAGGACAUGGUCGUGGAGACGUGCGGCUGCAGGUAG